GGUAGGGCGAGAGGGAGACGGAGGCAGUCGCGCUCCAAGACUGAGAACGAAACAGUAGAAAGCGUGAGAUAGAGAGAGAGAGAGAGAGGGAGAGAGCGAGAGAGGAGGCAGCGUGCGAGCGGAGAGGAGAGCAGAGGAGCUGAGAUCUCACAGCGGCGGGAUAGAGGAGCAGAGCUCAGCGUCGGACAGCCGGCAACAGCGACCGCGGAGGAGCAACCGGGACUGGAGCCUCCAUCCCCAGGAGGGGCCAGGAGAAAGCUAGCCCCCGCAGCGAGGGUCCGUCCCGAAGGGCCCCCCCCAGCCAUGAUCCCCUGGCUCUUUGUGUGGCUCUGCUGCGCGGGACACGGGUGGUGUGCCGUCUUCACGCAGCAACCCACCGACGUCGUGGUGGUGUCGGGUCUGCCCGUCACCCUGCCCUGCUCCAUCCCCGGAUACCAUGGCAUCGUGCUCUGGGUCAAGAACGGCUUAGCCCUGGGCGUCAACAGAGACCUCUCAGGCUACCCCCGCUACACCGUGGUGGGGGACCAUGACGAGGGCGAGUACCACCUGCACAUCCAGCGGGUGGAUCUGUCGGACGACGCCCUCUUCGAGUGCCAAGCCAUCCAGGCAGCAAUCAGGUCGCAAUCUGCCCGCGUCACAGUGCUGGUGCCCCCUGAUGACCCGGUGAUAUCCGGCGCCCCCGUGGUGAGUCUGCGAGCGGGGGACCCCCUCAACCUGACCUGCCACGCCAACAACGCCAAGCCAGCAGCAUCCAUCAUCUGGAUCCGGGAUGGAGAGGUGCUCAGUGGCGCCACCUACUCCAAGACCCUGCUCCGCGACGGGCGGAGGGAGAAUUCGGUCAGCACCCUCUACCUCCCUGCGUCCAGCGUGGAAAGCGGCCAGCGCAUCACCUGCCGAGCAUCGAACAAGGCCGUCCCCGGAGGCAAGGAGACCCGGGUCACCAUUGACAUCCAGCAUCCACCCCUGGUCAAUCUGUCUGUGGAGCCCCAGCCAAUCAUGGAGGGGAACAUGGUCAAAUUCCACUGCUCCGCCAAGGCCAAUCCCCCUGUCACCCAGUACAGGUGGGCGAAAGGUGGCAGCAUCAUGAAGGAGGUGUCCGGCGACUCCUACGAGGUUAUGGUGGACCACUCCUUCUUCACGGAGCCGGUGUCCUGCGAGGUCACCAACACGCUGGGCAGCACCAAUGUCAGCCGGAACGUAGACGUUUACUUCGGACCCCAUAUAGCAGCAGAGCCACAGUCGCUGCAAGUGGACCAGGGUUCGGACGCAGUGUUCAACUGCGCGUGGACCGGCAACCCCUCCCUCACCAUCGUCUGGAUGAAACGCGGCUCUGGAGUGGUGCUGAGCAACGGCAACAUGCUGACCCUGCGGGCCGUGCGUCAGGAGGAUGCUGGGAAGUACGUGUGCCGUGCCGUGGUGCCCCGGGUGGGCAUGGGCGAGAAGGAGGUCUCCCUCACCGUCAACGGCCCCCCCACCAUCUCCAGCACACAGACGCAACAAGCCCUGCAGGGGGAGAAGGGCCAGAUCAAGUGCUUCAUCCGCAGCACGCCCCCCCCAGACCGCAUCGCGUGGUCCUGGAAGGAGACAGUACUGGAGUCGGGCACAUGGGGGCGCUACACGGUGGAGACGGUCAGCACAGAGGAGGGCGUCAUCUCCACCCUCACCAUGAACAACAUCGUGCCCGCCGAUUUCCAGACCAUCUACAACUGCACGGCCUGGAAUAGCUUUGGGUCCGACACGGAGAUCAUCCGCCUCCGGGAACAAGGUGGGAGGCAAGAGUCCCUGCACCUGGCCGUCAUCAUCGGCGUGGCCGUGGGUGCCUUCGUGGCCUUCAUCGUCCUCAUGGGCACGCUCGGGGCAUUCUGCUGCACCCGCGCCCAGAGAAAGGAGGUGCGGCUGGUCAUGUCCUCACUUCCUGUUUCCAUCGCUGCUCACCAGAGAGAUCUUGCAAGCAAAAUUAAGACCGAGAAUCUGAAAGGCGUUGUGUCGACCAAGAGCGACAUCCGGGUGGAGAUCGUGCACAAGGACCACAGCGCCACACGCGACACGGAGGAGCACACCGCCAUCAAGCAGCUUAUGAUGGAGCGUGGGGAGUACCAGCAGGAGUCUGUGCUGAAGCAGCUGGAGGUGCUGCAAGAGGAGGACAAGGAGUACCAGCACAUCAAGGACCCCACCAACGGCUACUACAGUGUCAACACCUUCAAGGAGUGCCACUCCACGCCCACCAUGACGCUGGGCGGCGGGAACGCCACCAAGACCCACAACCCGGGCAGCUCCACUCUGGGCAAGCAGCGGGUGCCCACCGGCAUGUCCUUCACCAACAUCUACUCCACGCUGGGCGCCGGCCCCAAUCGCCUUUAUGACUAUGGACAGCGCUUCGUGCUGGGCGUGGGCAGCAGCUCCAUCGAGCUGUGCGAGCGCCAGCGCGGCUCCCUCAGCGACUCCGGCUCCUUCCUGGACACGCAGUGCGACAGCGGCAUCAGCAGCUGCGGCCGGACGGACGGAUACACGCCCUUCGACAAGGCCAGCAAGGCCUCAGCUUCCUCUUCCUCCCAUUACUCGCAGGCCUCGUCGCAGAACUCCGAGCUCACGCGGCCCCUGCAGAAGCGCAUGCAGACGCACGUCUAGCGGGGGCACGCCGUGGCCUCCCGGCCACUAGAGGGCCUCAGCGAGCGGCCAGGCGGGACUCUUUGUACAUGUGGUGAGGUCGCCUCUGUUCCGAUUGGGGGAUUGCAGUUUCCGUGAUCAUUUUGGCCUUUUUAGCUGUCUAAACGAUUUUGAUGCACACGCUCCAGAGCGCAUAUAUAUCCUAUAAAAACUGCUUUUUCUUGCCAAAGUAGAUCGAGCUUAAGUGUACACCUCUUUACUGAGUAGAUGCUACUUAGCAGUUUUACAUCUUUCGGGGCAGACGGUGGCGCUCCUUUAACCAGGGACGGCGUUCCAUUGCCUCAGAAGCCUCCACGUGUGUGUCGACCUCACCCAGUCACCCACAUCCGCCAUUCGCCAGACGCCCUGGGCUGCUGUUACACAAAGGCAGGGGAGGGGAGCCUGCAGGUGGAGGUGGAGCGGAAACGGAUGGCCCGCCCUCCUGCCCAUCCUCCGAAGCACAAACAGAACCGCCGUCCCGUCGCAGUGUCGUUCGCAGAAAUGCGGCGAGACAGCCAGCCGGCUCGGGGGGCCCGGGGGGGGGGCCGGGGGGGCUCCGUCCGCCGUCCAUCUGCAGCGCUGCCGCGUUUCUUGUGAUUACUCUGAUGUUUUUCGUCCUCUGUUUUAUUUUUUAUCGGACGCCGCAUUAUUGGCCUGUGGAGUGGACCAUCACAGCACCACAGAUCACAGGAAUGCCCCCCCCCCCCCGUUCAUUUGAAGCGCUCUCCGAUCGCCUUCAGUGGAGUGAGGUUGCCUUGUUUACGUGUCUGGUGGCGGCAUGUCACGUGUUACCCCUGGUGGCUUCUCCGUGUCGCGCGGAGACUCCCUCCCAUCUUUGGCCAUGUUGACGGAAGGGGGGGGGGGGGGGGGGGGGGUAUCCAUGGCCCGAUCCGGCUGGUCAUCGCGGGGCAGUCCGCCACCCCCUUGUUUACACUGGAAGUCGGCUUACUGUGAAUUAAUUUUUUUUUUAAUCACCCUUUCCUUCCGUACCUCUGCUUGCCUGUACGAUAUCUGAUGGAGAACAUCGGCAUCUCCAUCGCUACACCGGGCAACAUGUGGCACGAAAAACAGACUGUGAAUCUGUGCCUCUGUGUCGCCUCCUGCCGGACCCUAUGCCAUCCUGCUGGGAAAGCAGGAGUGAGGAAAAGAAAUUGCACAACUUACAUAAUCUGUCAGCAACUUUCAGUCUCAAAAAGCGGCGAGGAAAACCAGGAUCGCUACACAUUCCCAGACAUAAAGCCCACUGAGCCAGCCAACGGCUGCCGUCAUUGGCCAGUUCCUCGAGGGCCCGCCCCCCCUCAGCAGCUGUUAUAUAAUCCAACAUGGCUCCAUCUGCUGGAGGGGCAGAAAGCUGCACCUGGCCUCGUCCAGGUGAUGAAAAAGCACGAUGCUCUAAUGUACUCCAGGGGAACUUCGCCUCCAGCCUCUGCACCCCUUAACUUCCCUGCUAUCAUUCAAACUGGAGGAAAACGUGCUCACGUCCGCCCCCUCUGGUCAGGGAGGGGAUGACACGAGUAAAUGAGUUUAUCAGAAUCCCCGCCGUUUUGGAGCAGACCCUGGGUCGGCCGUUACCAGGGCCGGAAAUAUGCUCAAGACAGCCUCAUCGAGCAUGUGCACGUCGACUGAGUCAAACCCUAGCAGGUGUCCAGACAACAAGUGCCAAGUCAUUCUAUAGUUACACGCCCCCCCCCUGGCUAAGGAGAGAAAGUGGACAGAGCCAGUUUCUAAGCUCUUACGCUAAACCAGCCACUCAGUGGUACUGGGUGUGUUGGGAGUCUGUGGGUUUAAAUGGUUCUAGAAUCAUCCAAAAUGGGGCUUCGAGCAAAAGCUCCGUAGUUUUCGUCAGCAGGACUUUUCAAACUCGGCACUGUACUCUGAAUAACCCACAAACGUUCACCUCUGCUGCCAUGUUUCAAAUCAGAGGUCUAAAAUUUAGCCGAUGUACGGGUUUCCCUGCUCCACAAGGAGAUUCCAGAGCGACAGUUUACUGACCACAGCUCAGCACCAGCCUGGACAUGUGCUGUUGGCUAGGGACGCGGCACUUAGCAUGCGCGACCUAGCAGUUAUAUGUACAGGGUAUUCAGUUCCUGAUAUUCCAUGCUUGUGCUUUUGUUCUUUUAUUCGUUUGUUUUUUUCUUUCUUUUUUACUUUUUGUAAGGUUCAUGCGGGAGGAGAGCUCAUUGUGGAGAUAUCAUCUGUCAGUGUAAAUUUCUCACUUCAAAUCACCUGAACUCAGUGUAAGGCUCAGAACAGGCCUGCAGGGACACGUUCCAGAAGUUUCAACACUUCAGCACAAGACAAUACUGGGCAACCUACUAUUUUUAUGCAGGACUGCACAAGAAACACUCAUGCCAUGUAAGGGAUUACCCAAAGUUGUAUUUUACCUGUGUUGGACUGUAACUCUAUAUUGCUUUUGCUCUGUGUAUUUGACAAAGGAAAAAAAAAACACAAAAGAAAUGAAAAA